CGCCAGCCAACAUUGAUUCAGUCCGCUCCGGGCACUCGAAAGGAUUUGUCGAAAAGUGGUCUCUAAGGAGUGAAGUGAUUUUUUGUGAAAGAAAGGAUAAGUGAAAGUGAUUCCCAGUAGAGCAGAUAACCGUUGAAGACAAACGUUGUGAAAACCUGCUGCAAAAUGAAAUCAAAAUUUUUGGAUAACAUCAGAGCAAGAAUGGGCUCCUGUGGGACUACAACGAUCAAAUAUUUAUUGUUUGUCUUCAAUCUCAUAUUUGCGGUAUCGGGGUUAGUGCUUUUAAUUGCCGGAAUAAUAGUGCUGCUCGACGUGAAUGACUACCAACAUUUCGUCGAGGACAAGCUGAUGGCGCCUCCCGUUGUAUUGAUCGUGGUUGGAACCUUUGUCUUCCUUGUGGCCUCUCUCGGGUGUUAUGGCGCCAUAAAAGAAUCACCCAAACUACUGAAUGCUUUCGCCGUUUUCCUGUUGAUUGUAUUGCUCAUAGAAGUAGCCGUCGCCAUUGCAGCAGUGGCUUUUAAAUCCGACCUGCAGAAUGCUCUGCAAUCGCAGCUGGAGAAGUCUAUUUCCAGACGUAACAAAGCUGACAUGACCGCGUGGAAUAGUGUCCAUAAGAAGAUGAUGUGCUGUGGAAUUGAAGGACCCAAGAAUUGGUAUGACAAUAAUAAUAAGACCAUGCCAGCCAGUUGCUGCAAACCUGAUUUAAUUGACCCCGAUACCAACGACUGCAAGAAUGCACCACCACUCUUCAUGGACCGUUACUAUCAGGAUGGGUGCUUGAUGAAAUUGAAGGAGCAUUUCGAUAAGAAUGCAGUAGUACUCAUAGCGGUGGGUUUCGUUAUUGCUGCUUUCCAGCUGUUGGGCGUCAUAUUUGCAUGUUGGUUAUCAGCUGCAAUCAAACGAGACAAAAAUUGAGAAUGAAGGACAAAAUAUUAAAGGAAGAAGUUUUCAACGAUCAGUUAGCUGAAACCCUCAUUUGGAAUUCUAAACUACCGCAAGACAGCAAAACUUUUAGUUCUAAUCCACGAUAGUUUCUAAAAUUAAACUAAAAUAUGAAAUCCCUAGAGAAAAUUUCAGGUUUUAAUUUAUCUUCCGCUACAUUAGCGCUUAUAUUUUCAUGAAAACGAUUGAAUUUAAGAAGCUAUUGUUAAAGAUAAUAAGAAAUUUAAGAACUCUUUGCUUUAAAAAAUAAGAAUUAAUGUUACCAUUCAACAAUACGGCAAGUAAAUAAAUAUAUUGCAGUGGCCUUUAACAUUGAUUC